AUGCAGCAGGACAUGCUCAUGGACUGGGCGGUCGAGGACGUUUCGGAGGAUGGCGCCGCCGUGGUGGAGCAACGGGUCGAGCGGAUCGUCAUGCAGAACAAGGCGGGAGCCGGGCAGGAGUUCAAGUACGACUCCGACAGCGAAGACCCACCCGCGGGGAUGGCGGCCCUGGUGGCGCCGGCGUUCGACGCGAUGGUCGCGCACCCUUUCCAGAUGACGAUGCUCCCCACCGGCGAGAUCACCGAGGUCACCCUCUCCGACGAGCUGUCGAAGGCGCUCGACAACCUGCCGGGGGGCGCCGUUUCGAGCGACAUGAUCAAGCAGAUGAGCCAGCAGGCGUCGCUCAAGUUCCCCACCGAGCCGCUCGCCGUCGGGGACAAGUGGACAACCACCGCCGAGGUGACCUCGCCCGCCAUCGGCAAGAUGAAGGUCCACACGACCUACACCUACGACGGCGUCCGCGAAGUGGAUGGCAAGACCUACGAAGCGUUCACGCCGGCGAUCGAGAUGGAGCUCGGUGAGAACAAGGGCCCGAUGGCGAUCGACUUUGACACCAAGGAGUCGACGGGCGAGAUCCUCUUCGACCGCGAGAAGGGCCGCGUCUUCCGAUCGCGUGUGCUGCAGACGGUCGAUAUCCGCGUCAAGAUGGGCGAGAACGAGAUCGUCAACAGCAUGAAGCAAGCCGUCGAAAUGCGCGAGCUCGGCAAAGACGAAACCCCCACCCUCGGCGCCCCCGCCGAAGAAGAAGCGGAAGUGGAUACGGAGACGGAUUCCGAAGGCCAAGGCCGCACGGUCGUGGUCGAUGAUCGCCUCGUGGCGAUCUUCUUGGUUAGCGGCGAGUACCGGGCGAUUGACGACUUGUGCCCGCACCAGGGGGCGUCGCUCGGCGCCGGCUGCGUCGAGGAUGGCGAGGUUUACUGCCCCUGGCACGGCUGGCGUUUCCGCCUGAGCGACGGCAAAUGGGCCGACAACCCACGGCUGGGGAUCGAUGUGUUCGAGACGCGC